AUGCAUCUUCAAACCCUCCUCCCCGUCCUCUCCGCCUUAGGAGCAACAGCCGCCAUUACCUCCAAACCCCCAGUCCAUCUCUGGGCAACCCACUACAAUGGCAAUGUCUAUACCCUGACCCUGAAAAGCAAUGACCUCUCCAUAUCGCAAACCCUUGACACCUGCGGUGAUAUGCCAAGCUGGCUAACCCUUGACGCGCAUACACGCACUGUCUAUUGCUCCGAUGAGACCGGCACUGCUGAUCCUUCCACGCACGGCUCACUGACAGCCCUGCAUGUUAACCCAGAUGGCACGCUGCGUGAAGGCGCUGUCGCGAAGGCUGUCGGUGGUGGCGUAAAUAGUGUUAUCUAUGAGGCGGGUGCGGGGAAGAAGUUCCUUGCAAUUGCGCAUUACGAAGGCUCGGCCAUCUCAACCUUCGCCCUACCAAUCAAACAAAACCAACCAGCCCUGCAAGCCUUCCAUUUCAACUUGACCAGGCCGGGAAAAGUCGCCCAGCAGGACUCGCCGCAUCCACACGAGGUCUUCCUUGACCCGACCGGCUCGUUCAUCGUCAGUCCGGAUCUAGGCGCGGAUCUGCUGCGCGUGUACGCAAUCGAGGAUGACCGGUCGGGAAAGCUGUCGGAGUGUCCGAGCGUGAACGUCACCUUCGGCAGCGGGCCGCGACACGGCGUGUUCUGGACAGAUGGCAGCGAUCGAUCAGCUGGGCUUGGGUCGACGCAUUCGCAGAAGACGGAGGCUGUUGGCGAGACGAUGAUGUAUCUUGCCAACGAGAUCGGAGGUACGAUGAUGGUGUUUGAUGUUUCGUAUCCGAGGUCUGGGUGUUUGUCCUUUGAGAAGACCCAGACGAUGGUUCCGUAUCCCGGGGGUGUUAUGCCCGAGGGCGCGACCCCGGCUGCGAUUAGUAGGAUUGGAGAUGAUUUUUAUGUUUCGAUUCGAAGCGAUCAGGGGUUCGCGUCGAGCGACUCGAUGGUUGUGCUUGAUCGGUCGCCGGAGGAUGGGUCCCUUGAGUUGCGGGACUCAUCUUCUGCGCUUGGGAAAGUGCCGCGGACUUUUGUGAUUAAUCGGGCUGGGGAUUUGGUUGCGAUUGGAAAUCAGGCUUCAGCGACGGUUGCAAUUGUGCGUCGGGAUCCGAAGACGGGAAAUCUGGGCCAGGAGGUUGCUACUGUACAGGUUGGUGAGCCUGGGAAGGUCGGGACUGCGGAAGGUCUCAGUAGUGUCAUCUGGGAUGAGUAG